ACCUUAAAUUAUUGUCUUAAAAUUUUAUUUUCAUUGCUCAAGUAAAAUCAAAUUAAUUAACAGUCACCAAGUUACAGCACUUUAAUAAACACAUGAAAAAUUGUGCGGUGGCAAUCCUAGCUGGGUUGAGUAUUUGACGCAAACUUUCAAGCCGUUUGUGGAAAAUAUCGCAUAAUUUGGUUUGCGCCAGCAGUAUUUGUGGCUCACAAUUUCUCUGUUAUGAAUACCAGUUCAAAUUCAACAAGCUUUCAUGAAUUCUGGAUAGAAUUCAUUGAGCUUUACAAGUCCAAGCCAGUGCUGUGGAAAUAUGGGACUGAAAUCUAUAAGGAUCGAAAAGGAAAGAAGCUUGCCUAUUUGGAGCUGGUGGAGAAGAUGCGCGAAGUUGAGCCAAAUGCCACUGUUGAUAUGGUCAAGAAGAAAAUCAACAGUUUGCGUUCAUGCUAUAGACGCAAGUGGUACAAAGCUCAAGAGGACCUUAAGCUUGGAAUAGAUGCAGAUGUUAAGUGGGUAUACUAUAAACAUUUUAAUUUCCUUCGCGAAUGCAAGGACACAGAGGAAGAUGAGGAGGAUAGUUGGAGUCAGUGCGAGGAUAGUAGCUUUGUGAGACUUGAUAAUUCAGAGCCGCAAAGUGAUGCAGAUGAAAACGAUUAUAUUGUGGAGUAUGCACCACAGAAAAUGAAUAGUAAGGGUACAUAUUAUUCGCCUAAUCUAUCAAAAUCAAGCAAUGAAUUAAAAGAUGUCCCAUAUACUGGCCUGAAUAAAUCGAACGAAGAGGAUGGCAUCAUGGAUAUGGCUUUAAAAAUAUCCGCCCAACAUAAAUUCUGGAUAGCGUUUAUUAACUUGUACCGAUCAAAGCCAGAGUUGUGGAAACAUGGCAGUGAAGUGUAUAAGGACCGUGAUGCAAAAAAGGUAGCUUACUUGGAUUUGGUAGAAAAAAUGCGUGAAGUUGAACCGAAUGCCGAUGUAGAUAUGGUGAAAAGAAAAAUCAACAGUCUGCGUUCGAUAUAUAGAAGGAAAUGGCACAAAAUGAAACGAGCAAUCAGUUUGGGUAAAACACCCGAGGUUAAAUGGGUUUAUUUUGACCAUUUCUCCUUUCUCCACGAGUGCAAGGACCCGCUGGAUAAUAACGGCAGUUGGAAUCACUGUGACGAUAGUAUAAAUACAAAAUUUAAUUAUAACUGCACCGACACAGAGCAGAAAGAUAUUGACGAAAUUGAAGUCAUCGAGGAGGUUUCACUUUUAAAUGACUCAAAAAAGGCGGAAUGUGAACUACCCUCGCCUAGUCCGAAAAGGAUUCGAAAUGAGGCAACGGAUGUAUCCUUUAAGAAAUUGAAAGAUUCCAAUGACGAAGCUGAUAUUUUGGGUAUAAGUUGGGCAUAUCAAUAUCGAAGUUUAACCGAAACUCAAAAGCUGUUUGCUAAGAAAGCUAUUGACGAUAUUUUAUUUGAAGCUCGCUUAGAGACUCUGCAUCGGAAUUCAGUAAAGAUUAAUACGCCAAGAUGUGACAAAUGUAACAAUUAAUAAAAAAGGUAAAGUGUAUACUAAAAACAUUGCGUCAAUGUUACGAUGCUUACACUUUUUUUAAUUGGAUAGCACUCUAAAUUAUGUCUUCGAUUCUUACUUCAAAGAUACGUCAUAUUCAAAUUAAUUUCUUUUAUACUAUUUUUAAUUAAAACAUUAAAACUAUUUAUAGAAAAACUAGAUUUACAAGUAUAUGUAUGUACAUAUGUAUAAACGUUUUUGUGUUUUGAACAAACAUCUGAGAUGAGUUCUUCCUCUAGUAAAGUUACGGCUUUAAAUAAAAAAUAUCACCGUUUUUUAAUCUCUUUCAAAAGUUUUGUAAGUCAGAUACCGGGUUGUUAAAGUACGAGUGCUAGAAUUCUGCGUAUACACUUUAAAUUGCUCUGAAAGUUUAUCAAUGAGGGUUCCAUGCUGCACCCAACAUUUAAGUUUUGUAAUUAAUAUUAUGAUACAAUUAAGAACUUUUGUUUUUAAUUAUUAUUAUUAUUAUUUUUUUAUUAUAAAGGAAGUCUAUAUUUUAAACAUUUUAUUUUUAUAGAUAACAAAAGUAAUACAGCCACAACUCUUCUUUUUCACAAUGCAUGAUCUACAAAAUUUGUAAGCUAGUAUAAAAAUGUCAAUAUUACAACUUUUCCUGGUAAAAGGUCAGCGUUUUCUUCAUCAUUUCUCUUGUUACACUGGUAAAGGCUUUGGGUUUUGAAACAAUAUUGAGUGCUUUCUUAUUCUUAUCUUAAAAAAUAGAGGUUUUAAAUUAUUAUAUAAAACAUUUAGUAUAACUGUAAGGGAUAAGCAUAAAGAAAUAAUAGUCACAAUAAAGGCACAUUAAAACAAAAAAAUAUGUGGUUAUAUAGGAGUGAAAAAGUGAAGUUUUCUUGUACCCGUGUCCAAGUAUAAACUUCAGUAAGUAUAAAAAAGUGUGGAUAAUAAGUGCGCCGUAACGUUUGCAACAUACAUAUUUAUGUAGAUAUAAUUAGGAUUAUUUCAAAUACAAUUCCUUAACAAAAGAGUAAACUUCCUGUACAUUAUAUAUAUAUUUGCUUGUUGCUGUGGUUGUUUGUUCAAUUAUCUUAGAUUAGGU